GUCGAAGUGAUUCAGCCGGAGUCACUGGACCGAACUGCCAACGCAGGAGCGGGAGGACGCAACUCGUGCUUCCUGCUUUCAGAAUAAGAGCGCACUCGGCUAAAAGGAGUUCGAAUCUAUAGCUUCACUUGUGCUGCAUCGUCUCUCGACAUAGAGAUAAUCUGAAGGCAAUGAGGCCACAAGAUUGACUUCUUAGAGAGCAACGUGGGAAGGACAACGUCAAAGCUCUGAGGAAUUAUGUCAGAAAUGGCGACAACUGGAGCACUGGAUAGUUUUCCUUCUGAUGUUGGAGCCACUGGCAGCUCCUCUCAAGUUCUAAAGGCUCUGCUAUGACAAUCAGUCUGUGUGAAUGUUCGCAUGGCAUUCUAUGGAAGAUUGGGAGGAGAAUCUCUGAUGGAAUACAUAAAAGCCCCCAAAGCAAAAUACACAUUCAUAGGAGAAGCAAUACGAGGCGUCUUUCCCCCACAUAUGCAAUGUUCAAUUGGCUGUCGAGGGAAAGACUGCAAGUAUGAUAACCCGAACUACUGGAGCGAGGACAAACAAGCAAUAAGAGGCCUCUAUUCAUCCUGGGUUACCGACCAUCUUCUUGCUAUGUCUAGACCUUCAACAGAGAUCAUUAAGAAGUAUCACAUUAUUGAUCAGUUCAUAAGGAAUGGAAUCAAAACAGUGAUCAACCUGCAGUUACCUGGAGAACAUGCAAGCUGUGGAAAUCCUCUGGAACCAGAAAGUGGAUUUUCAUACCGCCCUGAAGUGUUCAUGGAAAACAACAUUUAUUUCUACAAUUAUGGCUGGCAAGAUUAUGGAGUGACCAACCUUACCGCCAUUCUGGACAUGGUCAAGGUCAUGGCCUUUGCAGUGCAGGAAGGAAAGGUAGCAGUCCACUGCCAUGCUGGACUUGGCAGAACAGGGGUUCUCUUGGCAUGUUUCUUGGCCUACGCAACCAGGAUGACUGCAAACCAGGCUAUUUUGUACGUUCGUGCCAAACGGCCCAAUUCCAUCCAAACCCGGAGUCAGCUGCAAUGCGUCAGAGAGUUUGUCCAGUUUCUUGCCCCUUUAAGAAUUGUUUUCUCCCAUGCCAAGCCUCACUCCCAACCUGUGACCCUGUCCCAGUACCUUAACCGUCAGAGACGCAUUCUGCAUGGCAUUGAGAGAAAGCAACUGAAGCACUUACCCAAGAUUAUACAUCUAGUGUGUGGGCUCUUGGUGGACAUUGCAGAAAACCGGCAGGUGAUUGAGGAAGACAUUCUUGAAGCCCCUGAUAUUCAGGAAAUUGAAAUGACUCUCAGUCUCAUUGAAAAGAUGGGGUCUGAAUUAUCUGCAAAGGAACCCCGCUUGCCCGGUUCACCCACCUUACCCAGGCAUUUCCACGAGCCUCCCAUCUUUUACCACCGCAAAAGUCUGAGCUAUAGUGAGUCUGACUUGAGACGAUUGGGCUCACAGUUAAACCUUCUCACACAACCCCUGACCUCUGUGUCCAAAUCAGAGACAACUCUCCCCUCAUGCCACAAGCAAGGCCAGAACAUCAACACGUCUGAUGUUUCCCACAGUUCGACAGGAUCACUCUGGCAAAUUAAGAAUGAGGAAAGCCAGAAGGAUGGAACGAUUGUGGUGAAGAAACUGACAAGGAAAACUAUGCAUCGUAGCGAAUCGGUGGGAAAUGAGAAGCCAACUAAAAAGGGCAGCAUGUUGUCCAGGUGGAAGGCAGAACAGAGAGAGGAGCUAGUAAUGAAUGGGGUAAAGUCUAAAGAUAAUGAUGAGCAAUCAGCACUUCCCUUCAUCACACUGCAGUCUGAGCUGUCUCUGGAGGCCAGGAGGCUGCUGGUGGCCCAGGCACUGGCAGUGGACCUUUUUCUUGAAGGAGACGAGGAGCAUAAGUCUAAAGUAUUGGCCUGGCAGGAGGACAUGAAUCAAGGUAGCGCAUGGGAGAGACUUUGCACGGAGCGGGAUCCGUUCAUCCUGACUGGAUUAAUGUGGUCGUGGCUGGAGCAGCUUAAAGAGCCAAUCAUCUCUAUCAAAGAUGCCAAAGCCCUGACUCCACGCAACACAGAUGCUAAAACUGCCCUCAACAAACUGGAACAGGCGCCCAAGGAAACAGUUACAUGCAUACUGAACUGCAUGGCUCAUAUGAUGACUAUAUCAGAGGAGGUUGAAACAGCUUUUCUGAAUAGAGCGAUCAAGGCAUUCACCUGGAUCAACAUUAAUUCAACGGAAGAGGGCAAGCUGUACAAGAAUAUGGCGGCAGUCCUGAGAUGUGUUCUUCUGGAUCUAAGAUCUACGGCUGUGGAGGAGGAGGAAAGAGCCAAACCUGCGCUCCCUCCAGCAUGACUCAGCUUAUGGUCUUACUGUAAAUGAAAUACAUACUUAUGUGCCUUGUGACAA